GAAAAAUUAGAAAACACCAUCUUAUUCGAAUAUUCUAAAUUACCAGGGUUUAUCAGCAAGCAACAUGCAAUUCUUCGGGCUAACAAAAUACGGUUACGACCGGCCUAUUUUCGAUUACGCUCAUCCUUGCUACGAGGAACCGUCCGAGAGACCGAAAAAUAUAUUCCAAUCGGUGAACAAGAAUCUAACGUUACUGGAAAAAAUGAGGGAGCUGGAUCCCUAUAUAAGGAACGCGGACGGAUUCGCCUACAAGUCGAUCAACAUAAUGAAAGCGAUGAAGAGAAAGAAGAUGCUCAAACCUGUAGGGCCCCACGAUAUGUAUAUUCGACCUAUUACCGAGUCUCAAGUGUACGGUUGGUGGAUGACCGAUCCGCUGUUGGAAAAUAUAGAGAAGAUCGGGUGGAUUCAGCCCAAGAAAAAAUAUCCUUACGUUACCUCCGAGAUGAGCAAAUACGCCGAAGCGAUGCAAAGGAAUAAAAGCAUUUGGGUUUUAUAAUUUUUUUUUGUUGGGUGUAUUGUAUAAAAAUAACGUUAAACGUAUAAAAUGUUGUAC